AUGGACCAGGCUAUGCUCGUCAACAACCGCAGGCCCCAAAAUGUUGUGGACGGGGUGCCUAGCAGCAGCAUGAGUCGGGCAUUGGGCGAUAGUGCUUUCAUAGAUGUUCGAAAAGAAGCCCCGUUGCCCAACAACAACAGACUGCAUUAUGGUAACCAGCCAGGACCAUAUUACCCUCCAGCACAUUACCAGGGAUACCAGAAACCUUAUCCGGGGGCAUACCAGGUUCCACAUCAGCGACACGAUAUGUACAUGCCCAUGCAGCCUCAGGUAGACUAUUAUGGCCGGCCGGCUAACAUGGCACCUCCGAGGAUGUAUGGCGAAGGAGCAUCGCAUUCGAGAAGAAGCUCGCUUGUCUCGAACUCUUCCAGCUCAGUGAACAAGUUUUUCAAGAGAGGAAUGAAGUUCGGAAAAGAUGACGACGACGAUGGAAACGGAGACGCGGACGGAGACGUGGAAGUCGAUGCCUCGGCCAGCACCGUGUCUUUUGAUGAUCUGCAACAUAUAAGAGGUGGUGGAAGAUACGGGAAUGGCUCGUCUGCUUUAGAUACUCAGCCUUAUAUCCCCACGUUAUCCAACAGACCGAGAGGUCCUAACGGCCAAUUGUCAAAUGUGCAGUACCGUAAGCUAAUGACCGCACAGAAGAAGAUGGCAGCUGCACAGCUGGCAAAUGCCAACAAGGGUCCUCCACGGGCAAUGAGUUUGGAGGCAGGCAUGAUGCGGUACCCAAGAACGAUGUCUAUGCAAUCAGCAGGUCCAGGCUACAUGAGUCCUGGCCCCAGAAUGGGAUAUGAUCCAAGGGCUAUGUCCAUGCAGACGAGACCCCCACCAUUCAAUAAUCAAUUUGGUGGUCCCGAUCCAAGCAACAGCAAUCCUCCGAAGGCCAUGUCGAUGACCUCGAGAUUUUCAAACUCGCCGUACAGGGCUCCACAAGGCAUGGCUCCUCAGCCCCCCUAUUAUGGCGGUAAGGUGGUUUCCAAUCCAGCGGUUCCAAGUAUGGGCUCUGAAUAUCCUAAGACCAGUCAGGACAUGCAAAUGCCACCCCAAAUGUUGCGUGCAGGCCCAGGGGGCCCCUUAGGCCAGCAGCGCGCUCCAAGUCCUUACUCGCAACAGCCUCCAACGCUGAAGCAUCCUCAGCCCGUCUCCCAGCAAACUAUACCCCAACAAGAACGUUACACGACAGUCAACUACAACAUGCCCGGACCGAUACAGCCUACCAGUGCUCUCGAAUCGCAAACCAUGCCAGCCUCUUCAAGCCCAGCGCAAGUCAAUCCACCAGCUAAUCAUAAUGCAGCGUAUUUGCCAAUGCAAAAUAGACAAUCUGCACAGCAAUUUGCCACAGUCGAACCUCAAAUUCAAGAGAAAGCAUUGGAGGACGAAGAAUCAUCUCGUUCUAUCGGUUACAUAAACGGCGAAAGUAAUCCACAAAGCCAACAGUUGCAGAAGGAGUAUAAUGGAGUGCUUGCAGAAGAUAGCUUGACGUCACAGGAGGAAAGAGAAGUUCGGCCUACAAAUGAGCCUACUCAGGUCCAAACUACAGCUUUUGAAUAUUCUUCAAACAACGCACCUCCUCCAGAGCCGUUCCAGCCUGUGAAAAAGAACAACAGGGGCAAGCUCAACAGGUAUGUGUUUGCUGACAGUGAUGAUGAGCCUGACGAGGGUCCAGUUUAUCAAGAAACAGAACUUAUCAAAGAGCUGCCAAAUAAUGACCAAGAGCCAUCAGAGAAAGUGACACCGAAUAAGGAGCCAGGCGUAGACGACACUGCAAAGCCUCGGGAAAUGUCACCUUCUCAACGCCAAUCGAAUGACUCUCAGAUUUUUACGGACGCCGGUCCUCAUUCUUCAGCUAAAUCGGUUCUAUCAACUUCUACGCAAAAUCGUGAUGAGCAUGAUGGGGCAACAAGACAGUCCUCGUACUACUCUGAACAAGCUCGAAUGCCAUCAGGAGGCGAGCCAGCUUCGUCUAUGUACUCGGUGUCAUCGUCGCAUGAAAGUCCCGAAAAGCAACGCGUUGCUAGUUCUCUCGUGUAUCAGCUUGCUAAUGCCAGCACAACUCAGCAGGAUAUUUUCACAACGGCAACAGAACUGCCAAUUGAUGAGAAGGGACCAGACUUGGAGCAACCAAAGGUUAUUGAUGAUAUGGAUGACUACGAUACAAGCAAGAACAAUUCGUAUUCAACUCUCAAUGAUUUCGAGGCCCCCCAAACUGUAAUCGAACAAGGUGACAGCUAUUCUUUUGACUCGAUUUCGAAAACUCCAGAUCACACGGUAAUCAGCAAUGAUGACGGUGAGAGCAAGGUAAAAGACCAACAAGUUGACUCCCCUGACCCAGGUCUCGUUACAGAAGAAACCGAAUCUGAAUCCAGGGAUCUAAACGAUAAUUCAAUCCGAACCACAAGCGCUUUGAUGAGCACCGACAAACCUAACUCCUCUAACACUUCAAAAACCAUGAGUCCUGUUAUUAAAGACACUCCAAUCGAGGACAAUAAGCCAAAAGAAGGCGAAGAUAUACUCGAUAUUACUUCAUCUUCAACAAGCGCGCAGAUGGUAAUGUCAAGAGGUCCUGAUGGUCACAAGGUAGACAGCAGUUUGAUGUAUGCACAUGAGACGCAAAGAUCAGUGAUUCCCGAGACUUUGCAGAAUCCAGAAAACACUGUACCAAUUGCCCAAGCACAAGGAGAAACCGAGGCCAAAAAACAGCCUUCUGUCCCCACGGUUAGACAUUACAAAUCGAUGCUUUUGCCUGUUGAGAAUGAAGAGGAUUUGAAGAAGCGACAACCUACACAGCACAAGAGUGACGACAAGAAAGCUGACACCGAUUUGGGCCUCACUCCCGACAACUCAUCGGCGUCGUCAAAAGUCCGCUCCAGGAAACCACCUCCUCAGCCCAUCGUAUCCAACAAAGCCACGGAGCCUGAGUCCACCAAAAAAUCGCCUUUUAUGGGAUUCAGAGAAGCGUUUUCCAAACCGGUUUCUGCAGGAAACAGCCCAAAGCUGCCUAAUGCUAAGCACUUCCUAAAGAAGAUCUCUAGAAGGAAGCGUGAUGAGGAUGGCCAUGCGAAUACCUCAAGUCAGAGUGAUAACUCAUACAAAGUUAUUGGUUCUUCAACGAGCUCUGUUCAAAACAGCGGUUACGCCCACAACUACCACGGACUCACAAUCAAUCUACCUACAAAAGACUCGGAUACCUCUUUCAAAAACAAAAAAUUGCCUAAAACUCCUAUUACCCCUUCGGACUCGCUCAUGAACUAUAGGUUGACGUUGAAUUUGGCCAAUGAAGAGAAUGAAUACAGGUUGAGUAGAAUAAUUGACAUGGAUCUUGAUGAGCACAGCUUCAGUCAAAAUACGAGUCUGGAUGAUGUUAACGGAUUCAACCCCAGUGCUGAUUCAGAUAAGGCCACUCCUCUUGCUAACUCAAGCAUGACUCUGGAUUCAAGAGAGGAGCAAGUAUUUGACAAACGAACUCGACUAAGUGGGCUUGCGAGUACAGAAGAGAUGAUUAACAAUAAACUGGCAACUCCUCCUCGGAGUAAGGAAGAGGAGGAAUUUAACUUCACGUCCCCUGAAUCGAGCAAAACAGGAAAGAUUUCUUUAGGAGAUUAUCCUGAAAUUACUACCUAUCAGCAUAUGAUGAGCAACCGGAGCCAGCAUCAGGAUCAAUCGUCGAAUACUAUGUCGUCCCUGUAUGCUUUCCAGGAUGCCAAGGAGAGAUCACUGGCGCCACCCAGCUCGACUUUUGACAUAAAAGAUAGACAGAUGACGCCUGUCUCUCAGCCAACAAAUCAAGAAAAGAGCCAAACUGCAGUUUUCACACCACAACAAUUAGAGCUGUUCAACUCGAACCAAGAACUGUUCAACGAGCUUCAAAUUGUUUCCAGCGAGCUGGCCGAUAGUAUAUCCAGAGAAAUCAGACUUCAGCGCAAAUUGGAAGUGAACAAUAUUCCGAUUGAGGGAGACGUGGUGUCUGAAGAGUCAAAGAUUGCAAGUCUUACACAGCAACUUGCGGAUGAAAGACGCAAGAGAUUUGCUAUGGAAGAGUUCCUUGCUCAGCAAUAUAGUAAAGAAUUUGAUGUUGCGGAUCUCAAGAACAAAGUGUACAAUAAUUCUGAUAUGGGCUACAAAGUGUUCAAGCUAACUGAAGAAAACAAUUUGAACAAAUCAAAGUAUGAAAUGAUGGAGCAGGAGAACAGCGAGCUCAAGAAGAGGCUAGAAAAGCUGAGCGGCGAGAACAAGGAGCUAAUCGGCACAACCAUCCCGAAACUGAGAAACCAGCUGGAGGUGGCUGAAAAUUCAGUUUCUGCGGCUACUUACGACUCUCUUUUGAAAGAGAUUGAGCAGCUCAAGUCAGAAAAGUUGCAUCUGAGGAGCCAAUUGAGCUCGAAGGGCAACAUUGCAGAGCUUGAGUCUCAGAAAGAAGAGUUGCGUGAGGCUCUCAAGAACGUUAAAGCUCAAAAAGAGAUGGAUCUAAGAAUGUGCGCAGAGAGAAUCCGUACCUUGGAGGCCAAGGUUGAGAAGCUUUCUCUGACGAAUGAACGGUAUAUCGAAAAAUUUGGACAGAUUGCGGCUGAUGAGUGA